AUGUAUUGGUUUGUUCUAGGAUAUACCUCUUUGUCAAAAAUAAUCAAGACUUUUCCUCGAUCGUAUAUGUGGGAGAGGCGAGUACUGCCCAAAAACAUACAUCUCGACAUUGGGUCUAUGCUUGCAUACUAUGACGCAUCCUAUUACGAUGCUUACGUGCCAUUACCUCUUCUAGAUGAGCUUGUUACUGAGCAGAUUAAAAUGGAAUUUGAAUACUACAAGUUUGAUUAUUUGGAUGGCAAUCGUCUUCAUUCUUGGCAAACUCCGGAUCGUCGUACUACAUGGCUAGCACAUCCGACAGGACAACUUCUCAAUCAAUUAUGUGUGUCAAAAGUAUUCUUAUUUAAUCUUUGA